AUGAUCCUCAAACCAGUUAUAGUGCCCAAGGUUCCAAUGAGAGCUUGCGGAACAACUUGGGGGGGCAAUGGAAACGGUCUGGACUUUGCGUGUGACAGUUCUGUACCAAGGGAAGGAAUAUCGGGUCUGGAUGGUGAUUGGCGCCAAGGUCUUGACGAGCCAUCCAAAUAUACGAAGAAGAGGAGGAGGGGGAACACAGAUGUAAGCAGCAGCAGUGCAUUAAAUAGCGCUAGUGAUCUAUCACUAUCGGAGGCUCUGUCUCAGAUUUCUAAAGAUCUAAGUCUAUCUUCACCUUCAUUAUGUUCUGGAGAAGAAGAAAAAGACAAGGAGAAUGAGGAGGCUCAUUCGCCAGAAAGCCAUGAUGGAAACCUUCAAGCUGAGCUAGCUUUACAUCAUUUAGAGUGUUAUGGGGUUGAUGCGUUGUCAUCAGACAACAAAACAAUGAAGAUGAGGAUGAGAUACAAGCUACAUUAGUUUUUGGUGCAAGUGAAUUGAAGGAUAGUUGUCAAAAACCAGAAGUUGGGAUGGAAUUCUCUUCUGAAGAGGAGGCUUACAAAUUUUACACAAGUUAUGCAAAUAUAAUUGGUUUCAGAACAAGAAAAGGGAAGGUGCAACGAUUGUCCAACGGAACCAUUAGAAAAAGAUUCCUUUGCUCGAAACAAGGGUUUCGGUUGGAGAAACAAGCCGACAAGAUAACGAAGUACAAGAGGAAAGAAACAAGUAACAGGUUAUGAUGCCAAGAUCCAGUUUUCAAUUGAUAAUGGAAAAUGGGUGGUCUCACAAUUUUCACAAGAGCACAAUCAUCACCUUGAAGAUCGUUGGCAUAUCACAAGAUCAUGCACUCAAAUGUCUGAGGCUCGCUUGACUUACACCGGAAAUGUUAGGAAAACUAGGAAUA